AACGGAAAGUUUUAAAAGACAGUCGUGAAUCGCGGGUAAUUAUUGAUAAUAAACGGUUAAUGGAAAGUAAUUUUCCUUUGCUCUAUAUUUAUGAAAUCAAAAUCUCCUGACAGGCAUUGAAAUCUAAAAUAGUUGCGAAAAGAUAAAUAUACGACUAUACAUAUAUUGGGUUUAAACUACAACAUAGAAUCGCAUUAAUAAAUACUAGACUAUCGGUAUUUUGUUGAUGGCUGCAACAAAAAUUGUAGAUGCUCCAAGAAAUGGACAUGAAAUGGCGCCAUUAAAUACUCGAGCGCGGGGCGAUGGUACUCAUGGAGUAACAAUUGUUCUUACUGCUUCUCAGCGAAAUUCGGUAAGCUCAGUGGAGGUACCGGGUGGCGAGCCCGAUCGUGCAGCAUGGUCUGGAAAAAUGCAAUUUUUCCUCAGUAUAAUCGGGUAUUCUGUUGGUCUGGGAAACAUUUGGCGAUUUCCGUAUUUGUGCCAACAGAAUGGUGGAGGUGCUUUUCUAAUACCGUUUAUGGUGAUGUUGAUACUGGAAGGUGUGCCGUUGUUUCUAAUAGAACUGGGUAUUGGACAACGUAUGAGACUUGGCGCACUUGGUGUUUGGAACACUAUACACCCUUGGCUGGGUGGUAUUGGAAUAUCAUCCUGUAUCGUAACCCUGUUUGUAGCCUUAUAUUAUAAUGUUAUAAUAACCUGGGUAUUCUUCUAUUUAUUCAACAGUUUUCGAUAUCCUUUACCCUGGGCUUCCUGUCCUACAAAUGGCACGGUUGAAGUAGAGGAAUGUGCCCGUUCAUCAGAAACGGCGUACUUUUGGUAUAGAACAACAUUAGAUGCCGCACCAUCGAUGGAUGAACCAGGCGGCUUAAAGUGGUGGAUUGUCCUCUGUUUGUUCCUAUCUUGGACAAUUGUAUUUUUUAUUGUAAUGAAAGGCAUUCAAAGUUCCGGCAAGGUUGUGUACUUCACAUCGCUUUUCCCGUAUAUUGUGUUGACAAUUUUUUUUAUACGAGGAAUUACAUUAAGAGGUGCCAGUGCUGGUCUUAUACACAUGUAUACACCGAAAGUGGAGAAACUGGCCGAUCCGACAGUAUGGUUGGAUGCAGCGACACAAGUUUUCUACUCUUUUGGUCUAGCUUUUGGAUCGCUUAUAGCAUUUGGAAGUUACAAUCCGCCCAAAAAUAAUUGUGUACGUGAUGUCCUUUUAGUAUCGGUGUGCAAUGCUAUCACCGCCAUAUACGCAAGCGUCGUAAUAUUUGCCAUUCUCGGAUUCAAGGCAACGGUCAAUGUGGAUCGUUGUAUCGAACUUAAUAAGGACAUCUUAAUCAAACAUGAUUUACUUCAUUACAAGAAUGCAACAUUUGAAGAAUACGAAUCAGUGAUGGCAAAAGUUAACGGUAGCGAGUCCAUCAACUUGGAACUUGAAGAGUGUAGCCUAUCAAAACAACUGGACAAUGCUGCAGAGGGCACUGGACUAGCGUUUAUUGUUAUUACUCAGGCUAUAGUGGAGUUACCUGGUGCCCCAUUCUGGGCAGUUCUGUUCUUUACAAUGUUACUUUCUCUAGGCCUAGGAUCUCAAAUUGGCAUACUGGAGGGAAUGCUUUGUACACUUUUUGACAUUGAUAUCAUUAAACGGGUUAAGAAACAACAUGUGACAGGGGUGGUAUGUCUAUUCUGCUUCAUUGUCGGUUUCAUCUUCUGUACAGGUGCCGGUGAAUAUUGGCUCAAAAUGUUUGACUCAUUUGCGGGCACAAUUGGCUUGGUUGUGGUCGCAUUGAUGGAAACAAUUGCAGUGGUAUACGUCUAUGGACACGAGAGAUUUACAGAAGAUAUUUAUCAGAUGACUGGUUACCGACCCGGCAUAUACUGGCAAUUAACUUGGCGUUAUAUUGGCCCAGUCAUUAUGGUGACCAUUCUAGUUUCCUCAGUCGUGUUCAUGGUCAUCAAAAAUCCAACGUAUGGAGCCUGGAAUGCACAACUCGGAGCUGUUCAACAAUCCAAUUAUCCAACAUGGGUAAUGGGAGUCGCAUUAGCAAUGAUUCUUGCUGGUGUUUUGCCAAUGCCCAUUGUGUUUUUGAUGCGAAGCUUCCAAUGCCUAAAAGUGGAUCUAGACAUCCAUCAGGGCUCAAUAAGGAGAAAUGAGACUACAGCAUCGACAAAGGAAAUGAUCGAUAAUGACGACGAUGAGGUUAUGAGUCCUGAUAUGCCUCCUCAGAACUUACUUGCAGCGACAAGGUUCACUAUUGGAGACUUUGAUGAUGACGAAGAUGAUUAUAGUGGUCCCUCCUUGGGGGGGCCCGUUAGAACACGAAGCGACUCUUCGGAUGAUGAAGAUGAUGACGACCGGCCUGUGACGAUGCGAAACUCCAAUCUUCGUUCCAAACUGGCUGUACCAAUUCAUCUAAAAGUGCCAACAAGUAAACGCUCAUUUAAAAUGGAAGUUUUCGAUCUGUAAUAUACUUAAGUUUGGAAGUAAUUAGUAAUUAAGAUGUUAUGCUUGAUUGUUUACUUUGAACUUUAAACUAUAAUAAUUUUAAUUUGUCAUUAACUCUGAAUCUAAAUUAUUAAAUUGAAAUAAGGAUAGUUUUUUCAUUACAUACAUAGUUAACACCAUUUAAAAUUAAAAAAUAUAUACAUUAUUGACGCUCAAAGUAAAAUCAAUGUUUAAAUGAAUGAAUAUGUAUGUAUAUACCCCUACACUCGUGGCCACGCAUAACUUACCACUCAAAAUUUUCUAGUAUUGUGCAUAUUUAACAUUUUAUAGCGGUACUUUUUGCGAUAUAGAAACAAUAUUAAAAAUUAAAAACAAAACACAUUCAGCUAUAGAUAAAUCAAUUGAAAGAUAGUGAGCCUUACAAAAUGAGCUCGUAAUGUAAGAGACUGUCCAGCGAUGAAAGAAUUAAAUUUUUUAUUAUUUUAAUUUAUUUUCCUUUACACUACAUUUGAAAUUAAUAUUUUAUUUUAUUUUUUUUUAAUUGAAACACGAAGUUUAGUAGGUGUAUCACUUUAAAAACAAUAAAAUCGGCCGCUUUGUAUAAGCACAGAAAAGCUCUUUGUGUUUUUCACAUUAAACGUAAUAAAUUAAAAACUAUAAUUAUAGUUAGAUAAUACUUAUGAUUACUAAAAACAUAAAAAAAACAAAAUUGAAGAAAAUCCCGAACGAACGAAAAAGUCCAAAAAAAAUUUAAGAAAGUACAGUAGUAAGGUUUACGUGGCCACGCGUGUAAAAGAAUGACAAUGAAAAUAUGCAUGCGCACAUAUGUAUGUCUAUAUGUAUUUAUCGAAGUCUGUGUUAAAAAAUACUUAAUUAAAUAUAUACACCCUGAUUCACUUGAAUAGGUACAUAUUUCAUUUUGAAGAUUCCAGCAUACUAUGUCUCUUCAUUUAGACAUGGCAAACGGCUCCGUUUUAGCUUGGAGUUUUAAUAAACAUGUCUUAGUUGAAUAUGUUCACACUGUGAUGCGCUAUUUAGAAAGCUGGUCCGUUUAGGAAAAAUUAAUAAAAUUCAGGUCUUUUUAGUGAAUAUAGGACUAGAAGAUGCCAUUUCUGAUGUCGAAAAGGCCAAAUUUGGAGCUUUUGCGGGUCAAAGCCUUUCUGCGCUAACGAUUGCUUCCAAAAUUAAUAGAAGUGCAAAUAUUGUCGCUAGUUCGAUGACAUAUAGGAAAAAUAUAAAAAGGCGGUAUAUUUUGAAAAUAGUUUCCAAUUCGAGUGACUUUGCAGCAAAAAUAAAAGUUGUUCCAGUGCCUGUAUUUCCACUGUGAGAAGAAUAAUAAAAAGUUUUCAGCAACUGGUACUCAAAAAACCAAAACCUAUGUAUGUAAAUGCUUAACGGAAGGAUACAAGGCUACAGUUUUGGAGCAAGUUCCAUGAGUUGGAAUGAAUCGAAAUCGGUCAUCAACGGUUCCGACAGAUUUAUUUUUUAUUUUCGUGACCUUAGAAAAGAACAACGUUUUUUAGCCGCGAAAGGGGUGUGAUGAUUUGUGGUUCGGUAUGUUGUUAUAGAAAAAUUGAGCUACAGAUUCAUACAUUGAAAAUGACUGCAUAAUGUUUUAGCCAAACCUUGGAGAUAUCAACAGGACAAUGCUCGAUCCACACCGCAAGUGUAGUCAAAUCUUGGAUUACAUCUGAAAAUGUGAGUUUUUUGAAGAGGCGAACUUAUUCUCCAAACCUGAAUACAAUAGAAAACGUUUGGGGGUAAAUGGUCCACAAGAUUUAGGAUAGAUAGAUUUCCGACUAGAAUUUUAUUAAUUAUCCUAAAUACUAAAAUUAUUAAUUUGAAAACCUAUAAAACAUUUACCCUUGCUUAUGAUGGAAAUUGAAAAGCAUAUUUUUUGAGUUAUUCAAUAAAAUACCCCAUAUAAACAAAAUUUUGAGAGGUAUAUUAUUCAUUUUCACAACAUUUAUUCAAAAUAGAUCCAUCUUUAAAACCAAGUUAAGGCAGAGCUUCUGCGAUGUUUAAAUCAAGAGAGAAAGGCUCGUAUUUUAAAAAUAAAAUAUGCAAUUAUUCAAGUGGAUCGGAAUGUAUGUACAUAAAUACAAAAUAUCAUAGUGAUUUAUUUACUAGAAAAAGUAAAUAAUAGCGGAUUUCGGUGCGCCAAGGAUUGAACUUGCGGUACAACCUUGCACUAACAUGCCUUCUGACGCAUGUGCAAUUACUCCUUUGGCGGGGAGAACUUUAUUCCGCUUUAAAAAAGUAUUAUUUGUUAUUUGUAAAUACCUUUAUGUUACUAAUUAUUUACCCAUGUAUACAAGCUUGUGCAUUGUUAAAUAUGUACAAGUGUACGAUUUCUGGUUAGACGAAUUUUAUAACAAGGCUGAAAGCAGUGAGCAAAGAUAGCGACCAAUGAAAUUGUGAAUUGCAAACAGAUAUUCAGCACUAUUCCCGUUUCCUAGUUAUUGUCGAUGUUAUCGUCGUUUCAUUCCUAAUUUUCGUAAUUUUUAAGUAAAUCGUAACGUCAAAGAAAAGUUAUAGAAAUUUUAAAUUGAAAUUAAGAGUAUGACAAUGCCCAACAUCGACGCUAUAUUUAAAGUUGUUGUUUGUUGUUUUGCAGGAAAUAUUUCAACUAUUUUGUGAAUUUAAUACCCGGUUUCACAGUCCAUACUUAAGUUGUGCUUAAGAUAAAACAGGAAAAUAGUGUUUUACAGUUCAUACUUACAGUAAGUACUUAAGUACUGAAAAUGGGAGUUAAGUACCAGCUGAUGUUUGUCUUCUUUCUUAGCCUUCGAGCAAGUGUCCGUCCGCUUGCAUUCGAUGACAGCUUUAUACUUUACCACUAGUUCCAAUAGGUGCUCCGAUUCGCUAGCGUUGAAAUUCGGGGUUCUUUCGUUGUUUUCAUCCAUUUUCGAUAUAACUUUCCUCUCAAAUUUAUGUAUUGUCUCUUAUAAUUUAAAUAUUUCAAACGUAUUUUUAUGGAUGAGAUUUGUAAAACAUAUGUGGCCCAUAACGUUGCCAUAUAUCAUAAUAAAAUUUUAUAAACAUUAAGCAUUGUCUGUGACACGCAAACGACUACUCAGUCUGCAACAAUGCUUAGCUAGGAUUUUAUUUGGGCACAACUUAAGUAUGGACUGUGAAACCGGGCAUAAGUAUAAUAAGGCUUCUGUUGCUUUAGUUUCAGAUUUAUUUUCAUUUUUAUUUUGAAUUUUAAGUGCCCUUCUGCCUUAAGUAUAUACAUACAUACAUUCAUAAAUGUUGAACACCUUCAGAGACAUAAAAAUGUAUUUUAGCACAUUUUAUUUACUUUAUAUCAAUCAUCUACGUCGAGACAUAGAGGUGCAAAUGUAUUAAAUUUUUUCGAAAUAUCCCUUUAAACAAUAUCGAAAUAGAAUGAUUUCAUGUCGUUACAAUGUUCGCUUCAAUAUGAAUUUAUUUUCGAUAACGCCGAUAGGAAUGCCAAAAAGCAUUCUUAUUUUGUUUUGAAGCCACAACGACAACGGGAGCAGGGCCAAUUUUAAUCCGAAAAUUGUAGUGAGUUUUAACUUUUUGGUUUUCGUAAUGAAUAGUUGUUAGGUACUAUAAUUUGAGUACCCAAAAAACAAGAAUCAUACAAAACAGUAUAAUACGUAUAAUAUGUAUACGAACUGGUGUGGAAUUUUAUUCAACGCAAUCUUAAUUAAAUCGUUUUUGUGGCAUUUUCUCUAAAUUUUUCCAUAUAUUAUAUAGUAACCAUUAUAUUAAAUUCACAAAACUUUAAAUUGUAAUAACGAGAAAUUUUAAUUCACUAAAGUAGUUAGUAGCCGAACGAAAGGCAGGGGAAAAUUCUCAAGACAACCGGUUCUAUGUUAUUUCACUGUUAUUUCGGGGAACUAACCCUGUUUCGAUCGGCGUGUUUUUGGUUAUGAUUGCCAUCAAUAAAGUAAUUCCUAGCAGCAGUGUUGCUUCGCAUCCUUCUGAUCCGUACUGGCAUUGAGUCUAAUCAAAGCCCGGAAGAAUUUUGCAGCUGUGUUUGCGCUAGAAGGCUUAAAACUAUACCUCGGUUAGGUGUAAUAUAUGCAAUGGAUGGAACUAUUUUAAAACCUGCUCAGCCCUUAAGAAACUCAGAGAGUGGACCACAAGUUACAUGACCCCUUGCUGUCAACUUUCUCACUCCCAGGAUCAUCCACAGGCAUUCACGACAAAUCAACUGUGACAGACUCCAGAGUAAGAUCGAGGAGAUAGUUGCAUUCAUGAGCUAGGAACGAGUGAUAGCUGCGUUCUAAAUAGCCAAAUGAAAUAGCCGCUCAGAUCUUCUGAGUUUUUCAGGUUUCAACGUUAUAUGUAAGGUUUGCGAGCGAGAUAAUGGUGUACGCCUAGCCAUCAUAAUGCACAACAUCGUAGCAUCUAUGGCGACAUUAACCUCAGGGAUACUACCCUUGAAUGUCAGGGUAUAGCUGUCCGGUCAGGCGAUGAUAUCAAGCCCAAAAUAUUUAAUAUAUACGUACAUCAUCCUGGAUAUCACCCGAAUAGAAUUAUGGCCACGUUGCUAGUGGUGGUCUGGUAAAUAGCAUAACUUGACGACCUUUAGACUACUGCCAAGGCCUUGUCUAAUCCGAGAACCCAAAGAAGUACUCGAACUAUUUUAGAUAUGGUUAAUGAUAUUCUCAUUGAAUUUAAAUUCUAAAUGAGAAAAUAUUACACAUUCAUAUACAUACUUAGCAUUAUAUAUGUUAUAUAUACGAAAAGAAAUAAAAUGCGGCUAACAAAUAUUUGCAUACUAUUAUUCAUGGUUACAAGUUUACUAAAAGUCUAUUUUCCUAACGUUUUAUGAACGUCUGUCGGAAUUUAUGAGAAGCUAUUCUCGUGGCUGUUAAAAACUUUGAGAUUCUUCGAAAAUAUUCGGGGGUCGCAGAAUAGUGGUGUAUCUAAAAUAUCAAAUCUUGUAAACUAAUUUACAGCUAUUAUUAUUAACUAAUUUUUACUACAUAUACAUAAUACAUAUACAGAUAAUUUUCAAAUUUAAAAAAGAACAAUUUAUAUUCCGAUACCUCUACCGUACCGUAUACCUCUUAAGAUUAACUAUUAUUUUAUUAGAUUUUAAUUAGUACGUGCUACGUCUUUCUACAUGAGAAUAUGACAUUAAAUACAUAUAUAUUUCUUUUGUAGCCCUGGAUAUCUUAGCAAUUUUUGAUGGCUUCAAUUACCCAGAUUACGAACUUAUUUAUAUAUAUAUUUAUUGUUAUUGGGUUUUUAUGAUAUUUUCAUUUCUUAUAUUUUGUUUUGGAUACAUUUUUUGAAUAAUUUAGGAAGUUAUUGAGAGCACAAAUAUAUUCUAAAUCGAUCUUUCAUAUAUCUCUGGCAACAACCACUGUAAACCAGUGUAAUUCAUAAUAAUAAUAAUAAUUACUUUGCUCUCUGGUGUUUUUUAAUAUUCAAAAAAGCCUACUUAAAGAACUUAUUUUAUCAAUUUCAAAAUUUCACAUUUUAUACACCAUAAAGAUAUUGCAAAAAGAGUAUUUAACAACCCGAAGAAACUUUAUAACUAGUAUUAGUUUUAUGCUAGGUUAGAGAAUAAGUGCUGAAGGUUCGGGUUUCUGAUUGUCAUAAAACGCUGCUGUGAAAACAAAAAAGAAGUAAUACCCUAUUAUGCGAACGCGACAAAAGAGAUAUAAACAUUUCCAACCAUAGACAACACCUUUAACAGAUAUUUGCUAGAUAUUUACACAAGAUACAUAACACAAGGACUCAAUAAAUACAUGAAAGCGUUAGAUUUCGAAAGCCAGUCUUAAAGUAAUUGAAUUUAUUAUUUUUAGUGUUACAAAUGCGCACUGUGUUAUUAUAUAUACUAUAUAUGGUGUAUACAUAUGCGAAAGUAAAUAAAAUGUGUAGGUUUGUAGAGAUGUUCGAGGAUUGUUGAAAAACCUGGCUUUAAACUGGCUAUACGAGUGUGUAUGAUGGUUUUACGAAUUUUAGUUUGUUUCAGUCAGAUUUGCUCGAAAGGAUGAGCACAGUUGAGAAAGUGUGUUAGGAGUGUACGGGUUAUUAAUGGCACUCACUAGCGAGUUCACAAAAAACUUAUUAUAGACUUUUUGAUCAUCUUAAAUAGGUCCUCGUACCUUGAAAUUGUACUGGUACCAUGGAAGGUACCGUAAAGUUAAGGAAAUGUUCUGUAAUGAUACAAAAUUAUUACUUGUAUAACAUUGUUAAUGAAGCAAAAAAUACGAACAUUGAAUUUUUUCAGCACACAUCACCACAUUAAAAUUAGAAAUAAAAGCUUAGUUUAUUAGGAUGUCAGUUAAUUACGACAUAAAUGUGUGAUAUAUUAAAUUAUAUUCGCUAAAAAAUAGGAUGUAAAUAUUUCAAACGAAUACAGUAAUUAACGCAACGCUUAAGCGAUACAAAUACAAAACUAGAAUUAGCUAACAUAAAAUGCUUGUGUUAAGCCUAUUGAAGAAUGUUAAUCUCCUAUUUACAUAUAUUUGCUGUAAAUAUUUUUAUGUGGCAAUACAAACGUUUUGGUUUAACUUUUGUUUAGCCAAUACUAACCCACUAAGUUAUAAAAUGUCAACAAUCAACAAAGCUUCAUGAAUGGUAUUGUUAAAUAUUGUCAACUAUGCUGUUUUUAUUUUUGCAUUCAGUAGAAACAAUACACACUUAUAUAAAACACUGAGAAUUAAUACA